AUGGGGAAAAUCACAAGUUUUGCAGAUCUUAUCGGAAUAAUCAAAGACAAAGCUUCACAAAGCAAAGCUGUUUUAGUUUCAUCAAACCCUAAAAACAAAAACUUCUCUUUCCAACUCUCUGUUCUUCGUGCCACUACUCACGACCCUUCAACUCCACCGGGAAAUCGCCACCUCGCCGUUCUUCUCUCCGCCGGUACUGGCUCAAGAGCCACCGCUGCUUCUGCCGUCGAAGCAAUCAUGGACCGUCUUCACACCACUAAAGAUGCUUGCGUCGCUCUCAAAUCUUUGAUCAUUGUUCAUCACAUCGUUAAACACGGUCGUUUCAUCUUACAAGAUCAACUCUCUGUUUAUCCUGCUUCCGGUGGUCGGAAUUAUCUCAAACUUUCUAGUUUUAGAGAUGAGAAAUCACCUCUCAUGUGGGAACUUUCUUCUUGGGUCCGAUGGUAUGGUUUGUAUCUUGAGCAUCUAAUAUCAACAUCAAGAAUCAUGGGAUUUUUCAUAUCUUCAACAUCAAACACAAUUCAAAAACACGAAUACGAAGAGAUGGUUUCGUCUCUUACAAACUCCGAUUUGCUCCGUGAGAUCGACGCGCUCGUUGGUUUACUAGAAGAAGCAUGUAAAAUACCGGAUCUACCCUUUUCCGGUGGUAAAUCACUCGCCGACAAAAUCAUUCAUUUGGUCGGAGAAGACUACGUGUCUUCGAUCAAUGAGCUUUAUGUAAGAUUCAACGAGUUUACAGAACGGUCUAGUAAUACAUUGAGUUUCGGAGAUUCGAUCGAGCUCGUUUGUGCUUUGAAGAGGCUUGAGAGUUGUAAAGAGAGAUUGACUGAAAUCUGCCAUGGAAUUUGGAAGAAAGCUUGGAUUGAUGGGUUUUGGAGUUUAGUUCGUGAGGUUAAGGGUAUGAUUGGUAAUUUAGAAGAUGAUUAUGGGCAGAUUGUUGGGAUUGGGAGGAGAGAGAAAGGAUAUGAAUCAGCUCGGUUUACUGAUCGGUUAGUUAUUGGUUAUAGUGAUGCUGUUCGGUUUGGUUCCGGUAGGUUUUUGAAUGUUGAUGAUCGGUUUAAUUAUCCGGUUUCUUCUACUCGAACAUUUUGUUGA